AGUUGUUGAACAACAAAAUUUCAAGAAUUUCUGCUUAUACUAUGGUAAACGAGGAGUUAUUGAAUUUAUGAGCAUAAUAAAUGCUUACAAGUAGCGAUUUAUCAAGUUUGUCGUAUCCACGUAAUCGACUCUCUCUCUCUCUCUGAAAAGUCUGAACCUUCCUUGCAACGCAGAGCUGUGUUGGCAGGUGCUCUCAACGUAACAGAAAUUCACCUCUUCACGUAACCCCAAAUCGAAACCCUAACUAGCGAUUUUCACGAUGGCGAUCUUGUUGGGCGAGAUUCUUCAAUCCGUGGAGCUAUGGCUGAAAUUGAUCAAGAAGCCGCAGCCGCAGGCGUAUGUGAACCCUAAUCUGGACCCCGUUUUGUUGGUGCCCGGCAUCGGUGGCUCCAUCUUGAACGCCGUUAGCGAUGGCGACGAUAGCGAGGAACGCGUUUGGGUUCGCUUUCUCAACGCCGAGUACAAGCUGAAGACCAAGCUUUGGUCGCGCUACGAUCCUUCUACUGGAAAAACUCUGACCAUGGAUCCAAAUUCAACAAUUGUGAUUCCUGAAGAUAGGCAUGGACUCUAUGCAAUUGAUAUUUUGGACCCUGAUUUGAUGAUUGGAAGUGAGUCUGUGUAUUAUUUCCAUGACAUGAUCGUUGAAAUGCGUAAGUGGGGGUUUGAAGAGGGAAAGACACUUUUUGGCUUUGGAUAUGAUUUUCGCCAAAGCAACAGGUUACAGGAAACAAUGGAUCGGUUGGCUGCAAAAUUAGAAUCAAUUUAUAAUGCUGCAGGAGGGAAGAAGAUAAACAUUAUAAGUCAUUCCAUGGGGGGUCUUUUGGUGAAAUGUUUCAUGUGCCUGCAAAGUGAUGUUUUUGAGAAAUAUGUUAAGAAUUGGAUUGCAAUUUCUGCACCGUUCCAGGGUGCUCCAGGAUCCAUAAAUUCUACCUUUUUAAAUGGAAUGUCUUUUGUGGAAGGAUGGGAACAAAACCUUUAUAUUUCCAAAUGGAGCAUGCACCAAUUGCUGAUUGAAUGUCCAUCAAUAUACGAACUGAUGGGCUGUCCUAAUUUUCAUUGGGAACAUAUUCCUGUUCUGGAAUUGUGGCGUGAGAGACAUGAUUCAGAUGGGAAACCAUAUACUGUUCUGGAGUCAUAUCCACCACAUGAUAGCAUUGAGAUUUUGGAGCAAGCUCUUGUAAAUAACACAGUUAAUUAUGAUGGUGAGGAUGUGCCUCUGCCCUUCAACUUGGAGAUAUUGAAAUGGGCAAACAAAACAUGGGAGAUUCUGUCUUCUGCCAAACUUCCCCCGGAUGUUAAAUUUUACAAUAUUUAUGGGACCAAUCUUGAGACUCCCCAUAGUGUUUGCUAUGGAAGUGGGGACAAGCCUGUCACUGAUCUGCAACAGCUACGUUAUAUGCAGGCCAAACUAGUCUGUGUUGAUGGAGAUGGAACAGUUCCAAUAGAAUCAGCAAAGGCUGAUGGUCUCAAUGCGGAGGCAAGGGUUGGAGUGCCGGGUGAACAUAGGGGUAUCCUUUGUGAGCCUCAUGUAUUCCGGCUUGUCAAACACUGGCUAAAGGCUGGAGAUGCCGAUCCCUUUUACAAUCCUCUCAAUGAUUAUGUGAUUCUACCUACUGCUUUUGAAAUGGAGAGGCAUAAAGAGAAGGGUGUAGAAGUAGCAUCCCUUAAAGAGGAAUGGGAAAUUGUUUCCAAAGACCAAGAUGACCAUAGCAAUACAGCUGAUAAAAUGUGCUCCAUAUCAGUUUCACAUGAAGGAGCCAAUCAAUCUUAUUCUGAGGCUCAUGCUACCGUCAUUGUUCAUCCAGCCAAUGAGGGUAUACAGCACGUUCAACUGAAUGCCUUGGCUGUUUCAAUUGAUGCCUCAUGAAUCAUUCUGUUGAAGUGUGAGUAUCGUGGAGGGAAUGCUUUCAAUAUAGUUGAUUAUGGUCGACAUCUCUUGUAUAUAAUGAUUCGUUUGAUGUUGCUGUGUCAUAUUCCUCCCUGUUUUAUGUAUCAUAUAAGUGAAGUGCAUGUGUCAAAUAUGAAAAUGAAUACCAUCUUUACAUUCUUAUCUUACUAUGUUAAGAUUGGUAUGCUAUGUACAAAUUCUUGUAUAUAAUUGCUAUUUAUUAGACUUCACUUUUACCAGUGUGUUCGGA